AUAAUCACAUAAUGAGUUACUUGAUCUAUUUUUAUAAGGUAAAGUUAAUGUACAAAGUCCAAACAAAACAAACAAAAAACACCAUUUCACUCGAAUGCCGAAUUGAAAUUUUAUCAACCAAAUUAAGGAGUAUUUGCAAUGUAUGACGCGGGUGAAUCAAAUCUCAAAAUCUUAUCCACAAACCUCAUCUUCUUCUUCUGCAGUAGUGGUGUGAUUAGGUAUCCUCCACCCACCUAUCGCUCCCAAUCCCAUUUCCGCAAUGCUUCUCUCCUCAACCCCAUCUCCUUCCUCUUCCCUCUCCUUCUCCUCCUCUCUCGCCCCUCUCCAUCUCCAUCCCCGCAAUGCGUCCUCUCUCCCCUCCUCCUCGCCCCGGCCGCCGCCCAUCCGAUGCGAUCUCCGCGAGCUUCGGGACCGCAUUGCCUCCGCGAAGAACACCGGGAAGAUCACCGAGGCGAUGAAGCUCGUGGCCGCCGCUAAGGUCAGGAGAGCUCAGGAAGCCGUGGUCAACGGCCGCCCUUUCUCCGACGCCCUCGUCGAGGUUCUCUAUAACAUCAACGAGAAGCUCCAGCAGUCCGACGUCGCCGACGACAUCCCUCUCACCCGUGUCAGGCCGGUGAAGAAGGUUGCUCUGGUGGUCGUCACCGGCGACCGUGGCCUCUGCGGCGCGUUCAACAAUAACCUAAUUAAGAAAGCGGUGGCCCGGAUUGCAGAUCUGAAGGAUCUAGGGAUCGAUUACACCGUGGUUAGCGUGGGGAAGAAGGGGAAUUCGUAUUUCUCUCGGAGGCCACACAUUCCGGUGGACAGAUUCCUGGACGGAUCGGCACUCCCGAGUGCCAAAGACGCUCAGGCGGUUGCCGACGACGUCUGCUCGCUGUUCGUGAGCGAGAAGGUGGACAAGGUGGAGCUGCUGUACACGAAAUUCGUGUCCCUGGUGAAAUCCGAGCCGGUGAUUCACACGUUGCUCCCCCUGUCGCCGAUGGGGGAGGUGUGCGACAUAAACGGCAAGUGCGUGGACGCGGCGGAGGACGAGUUUUUCCGGCUGACGACCAGGGAAGGGAAACUGACGGUUGAGAGAGAGGUGAGGAGGAGGGAGACGGCGGAUCUGUCGCCUAUGAUGGUGUUCGAGCAGGACCCGAUAGAGAUACUGGAUGCUUUGAUGCCGCUGUAUUUGAACAGCCAGAUUCUGCGAGCUCUGCAGGAAUCGGCGGCCAGCGAGUUGGCGGCCAGGAUGGCGGCGAUGGGCAAUGCCACAGACAAUGCGAAUGAGUUGAAGAAGACGCUCAGUAACUCUUACAACAGAGAGCGGCAGGCGAAGAUCACCGGAGAAAUUCUGGAGAUUAUUGCCGGUUCUAAUAUCUAGUAGCUCCGGUGAAAUGGAGAAUUUAUUAUUAUGGGAGGUGGGGAACUGCUAAACCCCCACAGAAGAUUAUGUCCUCUCCCACAGCCUCACAGAACGCAGCUGCAGAUUAAUGGAUGAAAGUUCAUUCUUUCUUUAGUGUUAUAAAUCUCAGAGAAAAUGUAUCUAAUAUAUAUACGGAGUACAUUGCAAAAUGAUAUUCAGUUAUUUCUGUUUCAAAGUAAGCUUCACUCCGGCCAAGAUAAAUUUCAUAUAUUUCUCAUUAAUCCUAAAAAUUUACUGUGUUUUAAAUCUUCUACACAAACUUUAAUGAAGAAUCAUGGUUGGG